AGCAUCAUACAUCACCACUGCAAAGAUGGCAUUUGCUCUUCGCUUGUUGUUCCUCCUUUGUGGCAUCAGUGGACUGUUGACCGGAGUUUGGUCUAAACCUAAGUUGGUAGUGAAAGACAAUGGCUGUCCCAAAGGUUGGACUCGGUUGGACUGUCACUGUUACAUCUUCCAAGAUGAAGUGAGGUCCUUUGCAGAUGCAGAGUCUGUCUGCCAAAUCAUCCAUGGGAAUCUGGCCUCCAUCCACAGUGACCUGGAAAAUGCAUUUGUUCUUGAAAUUAUUCGAGCGGGUGGUGAGAUUCUCCAAUCCUGGAUCGGACUCCAUGAUGCACUUGCGGAUGGUGACUACAUAUGGACUGAUGGCUCUGAGGAGGAUUUCCUUAACUUUGAUGUCGGUGCUGCUGUCCCAGAGCCUAAUUCCGGUACUGGUGACUGUGUCGAGAUCGAUCAGACUGAUGGACUUUGGCAAACUGCGGACUGCAUGGAUACAAACCUGAGAACAUAUGUUUGCAUCACUGAUGUGCUCCUCCACUAAUCGCUCCACUUAUCAUCCUGUCUUCAGUCACAAUGGAGUUCCCUAAUCAUGACGACUCAGUGAAAUUAUUUCAAACUUUCGUGGUGUCUUUGUAUUUCUGGGUUUACUUUCAACUUUUAUUCUUCCACAAGUCUUAAUUAUUAUUGUCAACAAAAUUGUUAAUGACAAAGAGCAUCUCUCUGGCAAAUGAAGGAAUCUGCAUCAAAA